UUGAGCUCCGUCAUUGGGGCGGCGUAUUAAGAAGAAGCCAGAGUGGGAGUUGUUAUUGCAGCAUUUGUGGUAACAUUUAAACAUUUAAAGUUCUCUGGUGUAUGUCCCUGCUGCUGUACUUCAAGUUGUAACCUUGUUUCCUGUGAUCUUUCACUCAUCUGGCCGGACCGCAUCACCAUAUCUGGAUUCUCAGAGAAACUGAACCCUGCAAAUAUUAAGCUUCCUGGAUUAAACUACAGUGUGACAAAGAAAGAGAGAAGAAGAAGAAGUCAUGGCUACCAUCCACCAGCAGACCACUGAGGUGGUGACAGUCACCAGGGCUUUUCAAAACUCUAGCCAAUGGAGCACCGACCUCUGUGACUGCUGCUCUGAUAUGGACACCUGUUGCUGCGGCUUUUGGUGUUUCCCCUGCAUGCAGUGCAUGACAGUUAGUAAACAUGGAUGGUGCUGCUGUGCACCACUCCUGGAUAUUUGCGGCGUGGUGUCCUGCUUACUCCGCCAGUCCAUGAGAGAGCAACACAACAUCGAAGGUUCUGGCUGUGAGGACUGGUGCACAGUACUUUUCUGUUACCCGUGUGCCUGGUGCCAGAUGCAUCGUGAGCAGAAGAUCAGGGAGAACCAGCCCGCCAGCACAACUGUGGUCACCACGCAGGUCAUUCGUGGAUAUGGUACAACCAGUGUGGCUGUUGGCUAAGGGCCUAUGUCACCACUGAAGCCAUAUUUUUUGACUUUUGCUGACUUAUUAAUGUGCCGAAUGGUAUAUGAGGAAAGAUUUGUGUCUGGCCAUAAAAAUACUUCUAUUUUACACAAUAUUGUGGCUGAAUUUGUAAUAGUCUUCUUCUACAGAGCUGAGUUUAACCAGUGUUCAAAUAAAAACUAUUCAAAUUCACUAUUCAAAUAAGGACAUCGUAAGUAAGACCUUCCAUACUACUCUUUAUAUACUCAUGUUAUAAUGAAUUUACUGUACACUGGGCGAUGGUCAUUACCCAUUGCUCGUUUUUGAUGCACUUCCCAAUCACACAACACUGCUUUGUGCUUAUUCUUUGACAGUAUUUACAUCUAUCUUUGUGUUCCUGCCAUCAUCAGUAUAAACAAGGUGACUUCCAUCCGCAAACUCAUCAUUGUAAUUAGUUCCAGCACUUCACUGUAACGCACUCUCCUUCUACUUUGUUUUUCUCAUGAUUAGUCCUGCAGUAAUGAGGGGUGGGUAAGACAUUUGCACAGUACUGUAUCUGUUUUAUUUGAAAGUUGAAAUCAUUAAACUGAUUAAAUGAUUCAAACUGUU